AUGAGGGGAUUUGUCGAUAAAUCAAACUUGGACCGAUAUUGGUGGAAGAAUUGGUGCAGUAUCCAGUCGAACAUCUGGAGAAAUAUUCGAAGUUUGUUCUUCAGACCACCUGGAUGUGGUAAACAAUUUAGACAAAAUCAAUUGCUAAUGAAUGCCAAACUAAUUUCAUAUCAAUCAAGGGACCUGGAUUGUUGCUUAUGUGGUUUUGAGAAUCGAAGAUGUUAUUGAUAAGGCAAGAGCUGAUUCGCCAUGUAUUUUGUUGUUUGAUGAAUUGGAUUCGAUUGCCAAGGCUUGA